AUGGUGCAGGCGGGAGCAAAAAGCACCACAAAAUCUCAGUUCAUCUCCGUGAUCUCUAAGAAUUCGGUUCAAAAGCCUCCACGACCAUCUCAGUGUUGUGAACGCAAGAAAUGGCGUCAAGCAUUUUCCACUUUUCCUAACUCCUUUCGCUACUUCAUUGAUAAUGCCUGUGAACUCAUCCAAAGGGCAUCGAGAGUGAUCGGUAGGAGCCAGAAAAAUGCUCCCACUAAGCCAGAAUGCCCCGCUUUGCUCAGGGGUGCAUUCUCACUCAUUGUCAACGCAUCUACAAUAUUUUACGGCCAAAUGCCUAUCCCACUCUGGAAGAGCUCCGACACGAACGGAACAUUCUACAGCGCCGGAAGGAAUGAAAGACAAGUUUGCCACGCUGGGUCAUAA